CAUCGCGAGAAAUCCCCAUCCAAGCCUGUGCUUUCGGCGUAAACUCUCGUGAGAUUUUCUCUCUGUCUCUCCGUGUCCAGAAUCGGCUGGUGUCAGCUCGCAAGACUCUAGAUUCUUUUUCUCAGCUAAAUAACCUUGUUUCUCAAGGCUUUCAGUUUUUUUUUUUUUACCUCAGUGGAUUGUUCCACACCAAGGACUCACCGCUUUCUGGAUUGUGAUUGGCUAGACGAAGCAAAACAUUGAAUCAUGGGGAAUAUUUUUGGCAAUCUGUUGAAGAGUCUGAUAGGGAAGAAAGAGAUGAGAAUCCUGAUGGUUGGAUUAGAUGCUGCUGGUAAAACCACCAUCCUUUACAAACUGAAGCUGGGAGAGAUCGUGACCACCAUCCCAACCAUUGGCUUUAACGUGGAGACCGUGGAGUACAAGAACAUCAGCUUCACUGUGUGGGAUGUGGGUGGUCAGGAUAAAAUCAGACCACUCUGGAGACACUACUUUCAAAAUACACAGGGUCUUAUCUUUGUGGUUGACAGCAACGAUCGGGAGAGAGUUAACGAGGCGCGGGAGGAGUUAAUGAGGAUGCUCGCAGAAGAUGAACUGCGUGAUGCUGUCCUUCUUGUCUUUGCAAACAAACAGGAUCUGCCGAACGCUAUGAAUGCAGCUGAGAUCACAGACAAACUCGGCCUCCAUUCGCUCCGCCAUCGCAACUGGUACAUACAAGCGACCUGCGCGACCAGCGGCGACGGUCUGUACGAAGGGCUCGACUGGCUCGCCAAUCAGCUCAAGAAUAAGAAGUGAGGGGCGGGAUUUUCAUAACGUGGCUGUCUCUCGCUUUGGGAAAGGGGUGGGACUAAUUUGGCCUUCGGAAUCAUUAUGUUUGGUUUCUCUUUGUUUAAUUUGUUUGUUAUUUUUUGGUUGUAUUCUGGAAAAACACAGUAUGUGGUUUAUGGAGCCUUCUACGUUCUGUGUAAAUCAUCUGUAGGUUUUUACGCACACACGCAUUCACACGCAGAUCAAUAUUUCCUCUGUGGACUUUUCCAUUUCAAUGUAUGAAAAGUGUCUGUUUAUAGCAUCAACGUUUAGUCGAUUUAAUCGUCUCUCCCUCACUAACUCACUCGCUAACGUGUUUUCAAUCAGUGAUCAGUGUUGUCCUUGACUGCCACGAAAAAGAUUGUUGGGUCUGAGCGCGCUCAUGUAUUAUGUAAUAUGAUUAUGUAUUUCCUCGUAUUGUUGAAAUGUUCCGUAGAUGCAAUUAUAAUGCAGUUUGCCUCCUCACGCACACAAUAUCCACAGUCUGUGAUCCCGUCCGUUCGUGAUUGCAUUAGAUACCCUGCUGUGUUUUGCAUGGCUCUUUCUCUCGGUGUGGUGUUCAGCGUUGUGCUGUUGUAGAGGUUAGAUCUGCAUGUGUGUGUUAAGUCACACGAAGCUGGUUGGUGUUGCAUGCUGCUUUGUGGCUGUGCUGUACAAUGAAUGUUGCUUAUCACACAUCCCUCGCCUAAACUGUGAGUCAAACGUGGUGCUGUCGGCUUGUCCACCAUAAUUCGCAUUCAAGUGACGCUGUAAAUAAAGCUUUUUCCAAUCAAACGCCCCUUUGUUGUAGAAUUGACUUGGCUAGUUGUUGCAUGGAUAUUGUUUUGUAUGAAUCACUAGCAUUGUCUGCAUGGAAUGCAUGCUGUGCUGUUAGUCCAAUAGAUAGAUAGAUAGAUAGAUAGAUAGAUAGAUAGAUAGAUAGAUAGAUAGAUAGAUAGAUAGAUAGAUAGAUAGAUAGAUAGAUAGAUAGAUAGAUAGAUAGAUAGAUAGAUAGAUAGAUAGAUAGACAGAUAGAUAGAUAGACAGAUAGAUAGAUAGACAGAUAGACAGAUAGACAGAUAGACAGAUAGAUAGAUAGAUAGAUAGUGAAAUGCUGUUUAAAAGUCCUUUAUUAGUUGUUAUACUAAUUUGCCACUGACAUGAUUAGUAGAUUGUAAACUGUUGCCUAUUUUUUUGCUUUUACUUUCAUAUUAGUGAACAGCAUAAAACAGCACACACACACACACGCAUUAAACCUCGGUAUGUCAGUGGUCUGUGGCAAACUGCAUAAUAACUCAUCUGCUUAUGUGUUUGUUUGCAUGUUUCAUGCUCAUAAUGCGUUUUGUGGGUUCAGACGAACAUUUCGCCCCCCAACCAAUGUGAAUUUGUUCAAUCAGUGCACACAUUUGGACUUUAUUCAUGGUGUUUUGGAUUAUUAUAGUUCAGAAAUGAGAAAAAUAUCUAGAAAUUUAUAUUUAAAGAAGGAUGUCUUUUGUGUUUAACACUUCAUAUUCUAUUUCAUAAUCUAUAUCUGUUACAGACCACAAGGAAAAAUGAAAGAUCAAAUGCUAACCUAUUUUACCGUGCUAGCAAGUGUAAAUACAAACAAAGGUAAACAAACAAAACUGCUUAUCCUGCAUUGCGUAUAUGUCGGUAAUCCAUCCAUCACACAGAAAUCUAACACUAACGAAGUCUGUUUGUAAUUGUGUGUGUUUCUAGCAUUGUUUUCUAGUUUGUAUUUUUGGCAUUUUGCAUUUAAUACCCGGCACUUUUCCACUAAAACCAAUUGUUAUGACUGUAUGAACAUUAUAAAAGGCAGGUUUUUUCGACCUAGGACAUGAUUUGAAUGGAGUCUUGUAUUAUUUUGAGCGUUGUAGCGUGUGGGUGAUGCAGGAACGUUACCAAAACAACUGUGCUAUUUAGCAAGACACUUAACCUCAAAUGAUCCAGUUUGGCUAUGGAACAUAAGCUUAGUUAGCUUAACACUCUACAAUAGUAUUUCAGCAUAUAAUGCAAACAGCGAUAUGUCUGCAAGGCCAUUUCUACACAAGUCUGCAGUGUGAAUCGUCCAGUCUGUUAGGUUUUGUGGCCUUAUCUUCUUACUAAAGUGUGUUUUCACAAGGUUAUUUAUUAACUAAGUUAUUGGGUUGCUUGUUUUGUUUUAGUUGAUCUGGGAACAAAAGGGGUUCAAAAAUUUCAAAGCAUUUAUUCUUUGCAUUAAAUAGUUUGUGUGCUUAUUGAGUAGACCUUUUAGGAUGGUUUAAAGUUUGAUUGUAUCUUCUUCGAUAUUCUAUUUUUAUUUAUGUAUUUAUUUCGGUGAGUGUUUUGGUGAAUGUGUUUUUACCUCUGUGUGCUUAUGCAUUUACUUUGUUGAUUUUUUUUUACUGUGUUGGGUAAAUCAUUUUGAUGGCUUAUACAGUGUCAGUGAACAUAAUCAUUGAAGGGGAAAAUAAUUUCUCAAUAAAUAAAUAAAUAGAACUUAGAAAUCAUGGAUGAAAUGUGUAAUUAUCUCUUAAAGUAGAUUAAGAAAGAUUAUUGCUGAUUAUUAUGAUGUAGACACCAAAAUCUUUCUCUCCCUCCGAUUGCUGACUGUAACACCACACUCAAAUAAAAACAUGAAAAUUA